AUGGAAAAAAGACAUUUAUAUAUUUUAAGAAAUCAAUGUGGAGACACACGCCAAGUGGGUUCCUGUUCGAGCCCUAAAUCUGCACAUACUAUUUUCAUCUGCAGGGAAUAUGCGAAGAUGAAGUUAAAUUUGACGUUUUUGGUUGCUCUGUUUCUUAUAUCAGUCGUAGUUCACUGCGAUGACCCCGAUCCCGUGGUGAAGAAGAAUCCAAAUGAUGGUUUAGGUUCUGAAACAACAACAACAACAACAACAACAACAUCAAACCCAAAACCAAAAGUUAGUCUGAAUGAGAAAUCAAGCGCUUCAGGCUCUAAUCUAGAAUCUAAGCAAGCAGAUCCAUUGGAGAAGCCCAAAGUCUCAAAUGAUAUUCAAAAUCCGACAGCUGAUAAGGCUAAGAUUAAGAGUGUUCCAAGUAAGCCAUUAGAGGAUAAAGAAGCAGGUAAUGUGCAAAAGGAUUCUAAAGAUAAGGAUGUGGUAGAAGAUGUUGAUAAGAAAACUAAAGCAUCUAAAGGGGAAGAAGAAUUCAAGAAGGUGGCUAAAGAGGAUAAUUUGGCAUCCAUGAGGAUAGGGCAAUGUGAUUCAUCUUUCAAGUGCACAAUUAGUAAUGAUGAUAAGAAUCAUGGAAUGGUUGCUUGUUUAAGUGUUCCUGGAGAUGAGUCUACAGAAGUUUCCCUUUUAAUCCAGAACAAGGGAAAGGGGUUACUUGAAGUGGAUAUUACUGCUCCUGAAUUUGUUCGCCUAGAUAAAGCAAAAGUUAAAAUCCAAGAAAAUGAUGACCAAAAGGUUAUGGUUUCUAUAGGAGAUGGGAAAACCGAAAAAUUUAUAACACUAAAAACCGAUAAAGGCAGUUGCAAUCUUGACUUUAUGGAUUUCCUUACACAUAACCCCAUGAAAAAGUCAAACUACAUGUGGCAGUUGAGUUUCAACAAUCUGUUCAAACGGAUACCAUUUGUUGGAGUCAUAUCAUUAGCUUUUGUGGUGGUGAUAGUAUCUGUCAUGGGGUGUGUGACGUAUCAAAGAAGAAGAUUAUUAAUGAUGAACAAUGGUGCAGCAGCAAAAUAUCAAAAAUUGGAUGCUGGGCUUCCGGUUUCAGGUGGGCCCAAGAUGGAUUUUGACCAAAACCAAAAAGAUGGAUGGAAUGAUAAUUGGAGUGAUGAUUGGGAUGAUGUUGAAGCACCAAAUACCCCUUCCACAAUGCCUCUUACUCCAAGCAUAUCUUCUGCUGGUGUUUCUUCAAGACGAGUUAACAAAGAUGCUUGGAAAGAUUAGAGACUUAAAAACAAGAUUUUUGGUUCAUUUUGUGUAUCAUUUUUCCAUGGAAAACUGUAUUUUUUUUUUUUUUUUUUUAAACCAAUUUCAGGAUCUUGGAU